UAUAUGGUAUUAUCAUCAAAAAAACGGCCAAUAAAAUCAAAAAUUGAAGUGUGUCAGGUUUUUUGAAAAAUAUCCACCCUGUAUAUUUUAUAGAUUUUAUUCCAACCUUUACGUGCUCACUGAAACUAUUGUUAUAUUACUUUUGAGAAGGCGGUGGAGGGGUGCCAAAAUUUGGACUUGCCUUGGGCGCCGAGGGUUCUAGUUGCGGCCCUGGGGUGCAAUUUUCGAAACUAUUCGAGUACAUUUCGUACACGAAAUUUGACUGACGGCAAUGUAAAUUAAAUGGGGAGCAGUCAAAUGGUUUCGAAAAUCGCACCCCUGGUGCGAUAUAUUUCCAGUUGGCGACGUUGGCGUCUCAAUUUUGUUCAGAUUUAAAAACUUUGUGUUGGGGGUUAGGUCGUUAGGAUAGGAAACAAUGCCAGGUUGUGUUGCCGUACAUUGCAGCAAGGAGGAAUUGGACUCCUACGUUGUUUAUUGCGCAGCGAAGAAACCAAUUAGCUGCCUCUUUGUUUAACACAGGUAUACGUUCAAUUUCUGGCUUAAAAAUGGCUCUUACGAUGAGGCUCAAAAAAGCCACUGUGAAGCUGCUGAAGCGCAAAGAAGACAAGGACAAGGGCCUCUUCCAGAAUGAUCCAAUUUCCGUUGACGUGCUUAAUAUGAUCUGUAGAAACCAUUGUAGAAACAAAGAGGUUCGUCACAGCAACGAUGUGAACAGAACGGAUGUUCCUGAAAUUACAACUACAGGAAUCAAAACUUUGCGCAAGGUGGAAAUAGGCGACUGGAACAAGAGUUUGGGUAUACUUCUUGAAAUAAGGUCUUCGUUUGGUCAAGCCUCCGCCGAAGUGCAAGUUUCCAACACCCAAGAAGGAAAAUUCAUCACGGCCAAACUACGAUUCACGUUUGCACCGACACCGACAUUGGUACCAAUGGUACCGACCCUGUCGAUUUUCUGUCACUACGAGAACCCACAGGAAGUUUUGCCUUUGGAAGAAGAGGGCAAGAGGAAAAGUUUCGACGUUACCUGGACUGUGAAGUUCAAGAUCCAUCCCAUUCAAGCUCUAGCUUCGAUGUUGGUGUAUGAAAAAGACGAUUGGAAGGAUCCGCACAAUUCAUGGAAGUACAAAAAUAUAUUUGAGUGUCAUAUAGGGAUAAGUUUAUGCAUGUUUUUACAUUGUUGAAUUAAUUUGGUUUUUAGAUGUUGAACGUUAGAUAAUUUACGACUGGUUAUUAAAUAUAGGUAAUAAUUUAGACUUUUAACGACUCCUUUUUUUCUGAUUUUUCUCGCACUGGACUUGGUUUUCAA